GCUCACCACUUUCAGAGAGAAGCUGCUGGAGCUUUCUAAUAAGAGGACCUGCACGUUUCUCCUCCCUGUCUUCACCAGCGGUUUUCAGAACCAGAACCUCCUAACACAUAAAUGAACAGCUUUUGCAAAUGAUGGCUGCAACUUCAGCUGAUUUACCAACCAUUGGUCCACACAAGGAAGAAUUUUGGAGUAACCAAACCAACCUGACCACAAAUGCCUCAGAAAGCCACAAUGAUGCCAGCUGUUCCUUGGAUGACAACAACUCGCUGUCACUUGCUCUGAUACUUUUUUACUCCAUUAUUUUUGUUGUUGGAUUAGUUGGAAAUAUUAUAGCCCUGUUUGCUUUCCUGUGCAUUCAUCAGAAAAGGAAUUCUAUCCAAGUUUAUUUGCUAAAUGUCGCUGUUGCAGACCUUCUGCUGAUCUUCUGCCUCCCCUUCCGGAUACUCUAUCAUGCCACCAACCACUGGAUGUUCGGGCGGAUUUUUUGCAAGGUUGUGGGAACGCUGUUUUACAUGAACAUGUACAUUAGCAUAGUACUGUUAGGACUAAUUAGUCUGGAUCGUUAUAUAAAGAUAAAUAAGUCUGUGAAGCGUCCAAAGAUGUUGACCACUACCCGGAGUGUGCAGAUUUGUUGCACGGUGUGGGCGAUUGCACUGACAGGAUUUAUAGUGAUAGUUGCACCAUCUUUCUUUAAGAAUGAGGACAGCAACUCUACCAAGUGCUUUCAUUACCGAAGCAAACAGAAUGCAGAGAAGACAGAAGCAAUUUUAAAUUAUAUCACUGUACUGAUUUUUUGGAUAGUUUUUUUCCUUUUAAUACUUUCCUAUGUUAAAAUUGCCAAGAACCUUCUGAAAAUUUCAAGGAGAAGGGCAAAUUUUCCCAAUGCAGGAAAAUACACCAAGACAGCAAGAAACUCUUUCAUUGUUCUCAUAAUUUUCACCAUCUGUUUUGUACCUUAUCACAUGUUCAGGUUUGUCUACAUCACAUCACAGUUACAAACCCCAUCCUGUUACUGGACGGAGAUCAUUCACACGUGCAAUGAGGUGAUGCUCAUCUUUUCAUCAUUUAACAGCUGCCUAGACCCAGUUAUGUAUUUCCUAAUGUCCAGGAGUGUCCGUAAGACUGUAUUCCAACUGAUUUGCAAAAAACUUCAUGGAGAGUCAAGCCUAAACCUGGAGAGCACCUCAGACAUAAAACUUGGCCAAUACGCUCAAGAGCGAUUAUCUACAACCACUCCUCACUCCAGCUACUCAAGGAAGAAGUCGAUGAUUUGAAUGUUUAAAUGAAUCUCUGUCCCUCCAGGUCACCAAUUUCAGCUCACAAAAUCCUCUACUCUACAGUACUAAUUCUGCCUUUUUCCUCCAGUUAAGAAAAAUGAGAAGUCUUACUUCUGUUAGUGAAAACGAGAACUUACUUCUCAGAAGCAUUUUUUCACUCUUGUUUAUCCAAGAAAACAAAUUAGGAAGUUCUCAGACAUUUUGUGUUGGACUAAACUAGAACACUAACUCUUUAGGGGAGAUUUCCAUGAAGGGGUUUGAACCUGUAGAAGUAAAUUUGUAUAUACACAUUAAUAUUAGUAGCUUGUGUAUGUAAAUAAUAGAUGAAUUUUACAAAAAGUAAAUUCUGUCUUAUUUGAAAAGUCCAGAUAACAUUGCAGGUUUUAUGUCUUUUAUGGUUUUCUCUGUUUUAACAGGUUUCCAAGAGAUCGGUAUUUUAACUACAUUUACAAACCAAUUUUUAAAGAAUAUAUUUGAGAAUUCAGCAACAUGAGUCUUAAAAAUGAGGUGAAGAAUACAACACCUAUCAAUUCAGUUUUAAGUACAGAAGACACUCUAGGUUUUAUUUAGCAGCAAAGUUAAAGUAUUCAAUCCCACUAAAACCCUUGUAUUUCCAACAUUUUAAUGAGUGUCAAGGUCAAACACCUGAGGAAAAACAAGCACCGCUCCCAGAAAAUUUGAACUAAAUCAAGGAGAGAUGAUAUGUGGGUAUUUCCUAAGAUUUCCUUCAAAAUGACAAAUUUGAUUACUGCAGCUACACAAAGUAGUUCAGCAAGGAACAUAAAUUCACAGAACCAAAAAGAUCAGCCAGGCUCAGCCACUGGUCUGCUCCUAGAUUUCCAAAGCCACUCAUUCCAGCUGUAUGCUUCUUCCCUGUCAGGAGACUUUUCUUUCCACAUGAUUAAAAUAAUCUUGAUAAUUGCUGAUGCCAUGUGAAUAGCAAUGCAACAGCAACGUUUCAUAGCUCCAUCUAUAUUCUCAGAUUAAAACUAAACAGCUUUAUUUAUUAAGGCACAAACAGAUUUCAAGCUGUAACAUUUCUCAAAAACCAGAGAUCUGAAGGUGGGGGAUGUCUGGCACAAAGAUGACUAAAGCAGCACAACCAUGAACAACUCAAAUGUCUGGCAUAACAGACCAGAAAGUCGAAAGAAAUAGAGGCCAGACAUUGAGCUCUGUAAAAUAAGGAUUUAUUAUCUUGACACAUACAAACAAUACUGUUCAAGUAAACAGGUGCAAAGAAGUUGGUUUUAAUAUGUAACUUCUCUAAUGGAUCAUGUGAUUUUUAAUGCCAAAUCUGCCAAAAAUGUGUGGAUUUUUACUAAUCCCAUACUAUAUUCUGAUUUUACAGAAGAUACUCAUAAUACUCUGAUUGAACAAAGUAAACAUGAGACUUCUUCUAGAUAUAAACUUGAUUUAAUUUUGAUGCGAUUUUACAUCAUUCAGAUUUGAUGGAACUGGAUAUAAACAUGUUAAACAAAUUACAAUGACCAGCCAGUCUAAUUUUUUUUUUUUUAUUAUUAUUUUGGGUAACAAAAUAUUAAGGUGUUUCUUAAUCUUCAAAAGAAAGAUUCCCACAAAUGUAAUUUCUUAAAGAUAUGAUGGUAACUGCCUUUUUCUUGAACAUUUCAGCAUACAAUGGAGGUGUUUGUACAAUAAUUUCUGAGUCUCACAGCAAUUGCGUUUCAUGAUCUUUUAUCUAUCAUUUUGUCAUCCUGUUUUAUUAAUUAUUCUCUUGGUUUUGCAUUUGUACAGUGCAAUUUUAUUAUGUAAUGCUGUAGUUCUACGUAGUUACAUGAAUUCUGGUACAUCUAGUAGAGUUUAUAAACCACAA